ACGCUGAAUGCGGUGAUUAUGCUAUAUGUGUUUUGGGUGUAGAUAUUCCUGUGUCUAGCCCUGUACUGGCUUCUGUCUGCUGGUCUCCUGAAAUGCAUGCUAAAAAGAAUUCCUGGCAUCUCCCUGUCAGCUUUUAGUCCAAUAAGGAAGCCACAGAUAUACAGCACAUGCUGCAGCUUCUGGAGCCUGGCUGCUUUCUGAAGGAUCAGGACAUCUGCAGUUACAGGAGAAGCGUGCUGGGGGCCUUGGCCGUCUCCUCUCUGCAGCCGCUCUGACUCUAUACAAAACCCUCUUCAAUGCGUGCCUAGUCCGAAAAGCCACUUGCUGAUCUUGGUUAAAAAGAGGCAAGAACAGAAGAAUGGCCUCGGGAAAAAAUCAGCACGGCAUGUAUAAUGGAUCCAAAGCAAGCCUGCUGCUAUCACAGGAAUACACUCAUGAACUGCAUGUGAAGAUGUGUAAGAAAAUCGCUCAACUAACUAAGGUAAUUUAUUCUUUGAAUCUCAAGAUUGAUGAAUAUGAAGUAAAUAUACUUACUCUAAAAGAAGCCCAUCAAAAUGAAGUUGACCUAAUUUCGCAUGACACAAAAGAAAAAGUUCUCCAAUACGAGAACAUGUUAGAGGAGGAGAAGAACCUAAGACUGCAGAUACAGAAUCUUGAGGAGGCUCUGGAGAAAAAUAAUGUGAUAAAAGAACAAAGUUUAGCCGAUUUUGCCACUUACAAAAAACAGUCAGAAGAAAGGGAACUAAAGACUCAGUGUGAGCAAGCUGAAAGGAUAGCUUCCUUGUCGAAAGAAAUGCUCUCUAUGAAGACUGAUUAUGAAAACCGUCUGCAGCAACUCACAGAGGAGGCCGAUGCUCUAAGAAAAGAAUGCUCCUCGAGUGACCAGGAGAAGUCUGUUGAAAAACUAAAUGAGAAACUUAAAAAAGAAAUCCAGGUGUUAGGCAAAGAAGUAGAAAAUCUGAAAACACAGAACCGCAAAUUAACGGAGGAAUACACACUUAAGACAAGCAAACUUCACAGCGGCUAUGUCAAAGAGAAGGAAAACUUAAGAAAAGCUCUGCAGCAGUCCGUCACAGAAAUGAUAAAACAGCUUCAAAAUAAGGAGCAGGAGCAGAGGAAGGGCAGCCAGGCUAAGGAAGCCGCUACACUACAGGAACUCCAACUGCUGAAAGAUGAUCUGGAGGCAAAGGAGCUGGAAAUGCUGGAAGUCAAACAACAUUCUCAUAAAAUGAAGGACAUGGUACAGGAUUUGGAAGCCCAGCUGAGACAGAAAGAAGAGGAGCUAGCCGAGUCCAGAAACAUUCAGAGAAAUGCAGCAGAGGAACUUUCCGUGGCAAAGCAGAGGUUAUUACAGCAAGAGAACGAGAUCCAGAAGCAGACAGAACAGAUGAAGAGCAGCUCAUGUGCACAUAAGGCAGCUCUCGCUGAACUUGCUGAAUUUAAAAGUCAAAUGGAUCAACAGCAGCAGAAACCAGCCCGAAAAACGACUGCGAGCAAGAGAGACAGCGGGGACGUUGUGAAUGCUAAGCAGUACUCGAGAGAACAUUCUGUUCCAAAACAACAUAAAGAGGACAUCAGUAAAACAAAACGGCAGAAGGAGGCAGAGACAAAGCAUCUAAAAGAGCAGCAUGUGAAGAGUCGCGAAGACUUGGCAAAAAUUCAUGCAGCCGAGAUAAAAUCCAUCCAGUCAUCCAUGGAGCAAGAGAAGAGACGACUGCAGAAAGAUCAUGAAAUGCACAUAGAAGAGUUGAAAAAGACGAGUGAAUAUGAGAUAAAACAGUUGUUAGAAGAAAGAGAUGCACUCUAUGUCCAACUUCAGGAUUCCAUAUAUAAGCAGAAUAAAGCUAUUCUUCAGCAAUGUGAGUCCUCCAGUAGUGAAAGUAAAGAAAACGCGAGCCUGACCUCUGAAUCUAGAAGCAAAGAAAAGAAGAGAUGUGAAUGUGAUUGUCAUUCCUGCCAAGCUGCAUCAUCAGAAGCAUCACAGGAGUUCUCAGAAAAUACUGGACAACAGGAAGAAAAUUCACAUAAUAAUUUAAAAAAGUUAAGUACUAAACUGGAAAAGUUUGAAACUGAGAUAUCCAGACUGGAGCAGGAGAAUGCAGUCUUAAGGGGUACAGUAGAACUUCUCAGCAAGGAGGUUACCAUUUCCCAACAAGAGGCUUUAGAGCUGAAUCAAGAUCAAACCAGGCAUCAGGAAGAACUUACACUGAAGCAAAAAAUGGAACUGGAAGUUCUGAGACAAAGUCACCAAAAAGAAAUGCAAGCCAUGGUGUCCAAGUUCAGUAAUGCCCAGUCUUUUCUUCAGGCGAAGGUUGUUGCAUUGGAAGCUGAACUCAAAGAUAUAGAAAAUAAGGGAAAGAAGCUUCCCCGUCCAGAGGAUCUGCAUCUGAUAAACUGCUUGCAGGAUAAACUGACUGAUAAGGAUCAGAUUAUUAAGCAUUUACUGGAAAUACAAAACUUUAAUGAUGAUAUGAUGCCAAUUACUCAAGAAACUCAUAGGAGUCAAUCCUUCUCCUGCAACCCAAAUGCUGGAAGCCUAACACCCACACUAAAGUGUCAUGAAGUACAAUAUGUGACGAAAAAACUAUCUCAGAAUGGCCUGGAUAAGUAAAAGUGUUUUAAAGUUAUUCACACAUAAAGCGACACUGUCAGAUUUGCAAAAAAAUGGCCUAGUCCUUAAGGUGAAAAUGAGCCCGGUCCUUAAGGGGUUAAUCUCUGUUACUACCUGAUUCUAUGUUGUUUUAUCAGUUCACUUCUUCUUCUUACUGUUUUCUCUAUUGAUUCUUUACUCUCAGUAUUAACUUUUGGAAUUAUUCUCUUAAAGGUGAUACUACCGUACUUUUUUUUUUUUUCAUUUUAUUAGUAUGGUACCUUAGUGCAGCAGGUUUCUGUGGUGUAGUGGCUAUCACGUUCGCUUCACACGCGAAAGGUUCCAGGAUUGAAACCGGGCAGAAACAUGUAGUAUGGUAUCUUACUAUGUAUAAAUGUCACUGACAAUCUACCGUACUUGUGUAUUUGCGUUAUUACAUUAAUUAAUUUACUGAUACAAAGUGUAUAUUCAUUUACCAUGCUGAAUAGAUGUUCUUUUAAAAAAUGAUCAUGAAUGUACCUGUCAAAGUGUCCUGUUUUGCAGAAAAAGAAAAUUGGUGAGACACCAACCCGUGUUAUCAGCGUUCCUAAUUUAGCAGCUUAUGAAAAAAGCUUCAGUAAUAAUGCUACCACCAAAAAUACAGUCAAUCCAAUGAGAAAUUCCCCUAGUUUGGACCACAAGCCU